AAUGUAAGAGAAUGUAAAAGAAAUUAGCUUUUAAAACAGGUUUUAAAUAAAUUAUAUUAAGUAUGGUGUAAUAAAAUAGAAGGUAAUAAAUGAAUAGUAUAUAAUAUAUAUUUAUUUGUGAUAUAUAUAAGCACAAAUUUGUUCCAAAAAUUCAAAAAGAUUUAUUUUUUUCAUAU